CUUCGAUAUUUUUUUGGGAAGCGGCGGGACCCAAAGGCGAGAGAGCUCACUCCGAAAUCCAGCACAUCGCCGCCAACCGUUCUGUUCGCUUGCAUUCCCGUCCGAACCUUCGCUGCGUACUACAGAACCGUUUCAAACCCCCAUCUCGCCUCAAGAUGUCGUUCGGGGGCCAGACACCGACGAUUAUCGUCCUGAAAGAGGGCACCGACACCUCACAGGGCAAGGGCCAGAUUAUCUCGAACAUCAACGCCUGCUUAGCCGUACAGGCUACGAUCAAGUCAACACUGGGUCCAUAUGGCGGCGACUUAUUAAUGGUGGAUGCCAACGGCAAGCAGACCAUCACCAAUGAUGGAGCUACCGUCAUGAAGCUUCUGGACAUUGUCCACCCCGCAGCUCGGAUUCUGGUUGACAUUGCUCGGUCGCAAGAUGCGGAAGUGGGCGACGGGACAACUUCGGUGGUCGUCUUGGCCGGCGAGAUCUUGAAGGAGAUUAAAGAGCACGUGGAAGCGGGCGUCAGCUCGCAGAUCAUCAUCAAGGGCUUGAGGAGAGCGUUAACGAUGGCUGUCAACAAGAUCAAGGAGAUCCAAAUCAGCACAGAUGAGGCGAACAGGAGAGACACACUCAGCAAGCUCGCCGGUACCGCCAUGACGAGCAAGCUCAUCAAGCGCAACACCGAUUUCUUCACAAAGAUGGUUGUCGACGCCGUCCUGUCCCUCGAUCAAGAAGACCUGAACGAGAAAUUGAUAGGCGUCAAGAAGAUUCCCGGCGGCUCCCUUACCGACUCGCUCUUUGUCAACGGUGUGGCCUUCAAGAAGACCUUUUCGUACGCCGGUUUCGAGCAGCAGCCCAAGUCGUUUACGAAGCCCAAGAUCGUCUGCCUCAACGUCGAGCUUGAGCUCAAGGCCGAGAAGGAUAACGCCGAGGUCCGGGUUGGACAGGUGUCAGAGUACCAGGCCAUCGUUGACGCCGAAUGGCAAAUCAUCUACAAGAAGCUCGAGGCCAUUUACAAGACGGGCGCCAAGGUGGUACUGUCCAAGCUGCCCAUUGGAGACUUGGCGACGCAGUACUUCGCCGACCGCGACAUCUUCUGCGCCGGCCGUGUCUCGGCUGAGGACAUGGAGCGCGUGGUCCAGGCGACGGGCGCCACCAUCCAGAGCACUUGCUCCGAUAUCCGCCCGGAGCACCUGGGCACCUGCGGCCACUUUGAAGAGCGGCAGAUUGGCGGCGAGCGUUUCAACUUCUUCGAGGACUGCCCCGAGGCUAAGACGUGCACGCUCGUGCUGCGCGGCGGUGCUGAGCAGUUCAUCGCCGAGGUCGAGCGGUCGCUGCACGACGCCAUCAUGAUCGUUAAGCGCGCCAUCCGCAACAAGACCAUUGUGGGUGGUGGUGGCGCCACCGAGAUGGAAGUGUCUGCAUACUUGCACCGGUUCGCCGAUCAGGAUGUGCGCAACAAGCAGCAGGCCAUCAUCAAGAGUUUCGCCAAGGCGCUCGAGAUCAUCCCGCGGCAGCUGUGCGACAAUGCCGGUUUUGACGCGACAGACAUUCUCAAUAGGCUGCGUGUCGAGCAUAGAAGGGGCAACACGUGGGCGGGCGUCGACUUCCAGAACGAAGGCGUCGCCGACAUGAUGGAGCGCUUUGUAUGGGAGCCGGCGCUGGUCAAGAUCAAUGCCCUCCAGGCGGCCACCGAGGCGGCGUGCUUGAUCCUGGGUGUUGACGAGACGAUUCGCAACGAAGAGAGUCAGCAGCCGCAGGCCCCCAGCAAGCCUUUGCCUCCUGGAGCCGCCCAGCGGGCGCUGCGUGGGCGCGGUCGUGGCAUGCCUAGGAGGUAGACAUAGAGAGUGGUACGGUAGAGAAAAUAAUUGUCAAUUGUCGGUAAUGCAUGCCACUGGUUACUUUCUAGGCCAUCUGCGGUGAUUCUAUCAACUGCGAAGUCUGCUAGUGUCAGGGAGCCAUCGCAUGAGGCUAAAGUCGGCCUCUUUCUAUUCUCACUGCGUGCCAGGCCCGAAUUACCGUCACAACAAUAGCGGGCUGUCGACAUUGUCUAAACGUAAUCGAGGACCUGAACAAGGAAUUUCAAUCCACGGGGCUGAUGUAGAUAAUGAAAGCCUCCACUGACUG